AUGCCCAAAGCAGAGGUCGGCUCGACCAAACACUUGAGCAACAAGCUCAAGUCCAAAGGCCUCCAGCGCCUGCGGUGGUACUGCCAAGUCUGCGAAAAGCAAUGCCGCGAUGCCAACGGCUUCAAGAUGCACACUCAGUCCGAGAGCCACGUGCGGCAGAUGCUCGUCGUCGGCGAGGACCCCAAGAAGUUCAUCAACCAGUACAGCGACGAGUUCCUCAAGGACUUUCUGCAGCUGCUGCGGACGGCGCACGGAGAAAAGCAGGUGCACCUGAACCAGUUCUACCAGGAAUACAUUGCCAACAAGGAACACAUUCACAUGAACGCGACAAAGUGGCCGUCAUUGACCGAGUUUGCAAAGUAUUUGGGGAGGGAAGGCAUAUGUCGGGUUGAGGAGACGGAAAAGGGACUGCACAUCAGCUGGAUCGACAACUCUCCCGACGCCCUCAGACGACAAGAGGCACUGAGGAGGAAAGAAGCACAAGACCAGGGCGACGAAGAAAUCGAGCAGCGCAUGAUACGAGAGCAGAUUAAGAGAGCUCAGCAGAUGGCCGGCAAACGCGAUGCAGAGGGUGAAGAGGAGGCGGAAGGCAGGGAGCUCAAGAGACAAGAGGGUGAAAAAAUCAAAUUGUCAUUUGGUGCGAAGCCUAAGCCCAAGCCGGAAGACGAGCCUUUACCGAACGCCACGAAGGACAAGCCUGAAGAACCUAAAGGCGGCGAAAAGUCUGCGGAGACAAACACGGCCGCCCCCAAGGAGGAGCAACCGAAACCAGCUGCGACCAAGGGAGGCUUUGGCGGAGUGUCUUUGAAGCUCGGCGAAAAACCACAGACCAAGAACGUCUUUGCGCAGGCUAAGAAGAAUGCGCUGGCUUCAGGAUCGAAGAAGGGCUCCAUACUGCAGCAGCCCAAGAAGAUGAGUGAGGCCGAGAGGAUCAUGAAGGAAGAAAUGGAGAGAAAGCGACCCAGCGGCUCUGUCGGAUUCGGGAUGCCCAGUGGUAAGAAGCAAAGGACAAAUUAG